AUGGAGACUGAUGCAAGAGAUGAGCUUGUCUGCAACCACACAGAAGCAUGGGACUGGGUUUAUACCAUGCAGCCUGCCUACAUGUCCAUCAUCUGCCUCCUUGGAGUGAUUGGCAACUCCUUUGUGCUUUGUGUGUUCUGUCUCCAGAAGCGGCACAGCUCUGUGGCCGACAUCUAUCUGAGCAACCUGGCAGCUGCUGAUCUCCUCAUGGUUUCCUGCCUGCCGUUCUGGGUAGCAACUAUUAUCAACAAGUUCAACUGGAGGUUUGGGGAGCCCAUGUGCCAGCUUACCGGCAUUAUCAUUGGAAUGAAUUACUAUUGCAGUGUGCUGUUCCUUACGCUUGUGAGCGUGGACAGAUACCUGGUCCUCACUAGACCCCUCACCCAGGGGAGGGAGAGACGGGCCUUCUGGGCACAUGUGAUUUGCAUCAGCAUCUGGAUUGCUGGGGUCAUGCUCAGCUUCCCAGCUAUCCUCUUCCGCUCCGUCCAGUUCUUCCCUCAUCUGGACAUUGAGGCAUGUUAUCUUGAAUAUCCCCAUGAUGGCUGGAGACUGCGCUACAACAUGACUGCCAACAUAGUGUGCUUCCUUAUCCCUGUCUCCAUUGUGUCCUUCUGUACUUACCACAUUACUAAAGUCCUUUGGCAAAGCCAGAAGCUGAGAAAAGGCAGCAGAGGCAGUGUGGAAAGGAAAGCGGCGUGCCUCGUUCUUGUCGUUCUGGCAGUGUUCAUCCUCUGCUGGCUGCCCUACCAGGUUAUCAUCUUCUUGGACACCUUGGAUCAUUAUGAAGUCAUCACAGGAUGUACAUGGGCGUAUGUGUUGGACAUUGGAAACCAGCUUGCUACUUACGUUGGCUAUAGUAACAGCUCACUGAAUCCUUUCCUGUAUGUAAUAGUGGGGAAGCACUUUAAGCAGAGGGCAAGGGAGGUGUUUAGAUUGGUGUGUAGCGGGAGGAAAAGACAAUGGAAAAAGUCCGGACAUUCCAAUGCCAAUGUCAACUUAACUCAACAAACUGAGAGCACGGAAAUUUAA